AUGAAGCCGAGCUGGACUUACCUCAAUCUAGCAAGCCUGACUGGGGCCGCGCUGGCUCGUCCCGCUGCUCGGAGCACGCAGACCUGGGGUCAAUUGCGGGAGAAUAUCAAGCAUGUCAUCUAUCUCACUCUGGAGAACCACUCAUUUGACAACAUUGCCGGCUACUGGGACUUUAAUUCCGGAAUCGAUGGACUGCGCGGGAUCACCUACUGCAACGAGUACACCAAUCCCAAGUGGACGGUGUGGGGAGAACCUUUGAACAUAUGUGCCGCUCCUUACGAGACCGAAGUCCCCCUGAAAGACCCGGACCAUGAUUUUGCCGGUGUCACCUAUGAGAUCUUCCGCAAGUGGAAUGUGACCAAGGAUGAUGUCCCCAACAUGGCCGGCUUUGUCGAGCGUCAGUCGGAGAAGUAUAAUGCUACGCCUGGAGACACUGCCUUUGUCAUUCAAGCUUAUGAUCAGAAGAAGUCGGCACUGCUCGCAGAGCUGGGAAAGAAUUUUGCGUUUUUUGACUCUUAUUUCGCUGAGCAUCCCGGCCCGACCAACGUCAACCGCCAAUUCGCUACAUCGGGUUCAUCCUGUGGGUUCGUCGACAACACGGACCAGUCUGCCGGUUUCUGGAAUAAUGUCACUGGGACAACCUGUGCGACAUCGAUCUUUGAAUCGCUGAGUAAGAAGGGUAUCAGCUGGAAAAACUACUAUGAGACGGACAUUGUCGACGCCUUUAUGUACAAGUGGACCCAAGACAAUGCCAUGGACCGCCUCGUACACGCCACCGAGUUCUACCGUGACCUAGAAGAGGGCACCCUACCUACCUUCUCCUACAUCAAUCCGGAAUGCUGCACCAUCGAUUCGAUGCACCCGACUAGCCCCAUGGCAUCUGGAGAGCAAAUGGUCAAGCACUUGUACGAUGCGCUUCGUCGAUCCAAGUAUUGGGACAAUGCCCUGCUGGUAAUCAACUUUGACGAGCAUGGCGGCUUCGCUGACCACGUUCCGCCGCCUAUGAAUGUUCCCCAGCCUGAAGAUGGCAUCACUUUUGACGGCGAGUCGGAUGAUCAUCAUGUUACCUACGACUUUACCCGGCUGGGUAUACGUGUCCCGGCCUUCCUCAUCUCCCCCUUCGUCCCAGAAAACCACCUCAUCCACGACGAAGGCACAAUGUACGACAAGAACUCAGCCUACACCCACAGCUCGAUCCUGCACUUCCUGCAGGAGCUGUGGGAGCUCGAGGGCUUGAAUAAUCGUGUACAGUGGGCCAAGACCUUUGAGUCGGUCUUUACGAGUAGUGGACGUGAGAACACGCCUAAGACUUUGACUACACCUACUUGGUAUGGUGGUAGUGUUCAGCCUGAGCCCGAGCCGUUUGGUUUGUUGAAUCAGGAUGAGAGUUAUUAUGCUGCGCAUGAAUGA